GCCGUGUGAUUACAUGGCCCAUUCUUAUUUGUUCGGGACCAGGGCGUUACUCACGGGGCAGACCCUCUACGCGUAAGCCCAACGCAAAAUCCGGUCUCCUUGAUCAUUGUGCUGUGAUAUCAAAGGGAGUAGCUGCGUCGGCCAUGGCGGCAGUGACUUCGAGGGUUGGAAAGGAUGGUCUGUGCCAAUUCAGGACAGUGCAGGAAGCAAUCGACGCCGUCCCCUUACAGAACAGAGUCAGGAGGAUAAUCGAGGUGUGCCCUGGCGUCUACAAGGAGCCCGUCUACGUUCCCAAGACCAAGAAUUUCAUCACGCUGAGGGGUUUCUGCCGUGAGGAGACCAUCGUCACCUGGAACAACACAGCCAGCAGGAUCAACCACCACCAGGAUUCUCGUAUUAUUGGUACUGGGACGUUUGGUUGUGGUAGUUUCAUAGUCGAAGGCGAGCACUUCAUCGCUGAAAACAUUACUUUUGAGAACUCGUCCCCUCAAGGUUCUGGCCAAGCUGUUGCAAUGAGGGUUACAGCUGAUCAUUGCGCAUUUUAUAAUUGUAGGUUUCUUGGGUGGCAGGACACACUUUAUCUGCAUUUCGGAAAGCAAUAUCUAAGGGACUGCUAUAUUGAAGGAAGUGUUGACUUUAUCUUUGGAAAUAGUACCGCUCUUUUGGAGCAUUGUCACAUCCACUGCAAGUCUCCUGGUUUUAUAACUGCGCAAAGUAGGAAGUCUCCUCAGGAGUUGACAGGCUAUGUUUUCUUAAGAUGUAUUAUCACUGGGAAUGGUGAAAGAUCUUAUGCAUACCUUGGAAGGCCGUGGGGACCGUGUGCGAGGGUUGUAUUUGCAUAUACGUGGAUGGAUGCCUGUAUCAAACCUGCAGGAUGGAAUAACUGGAAUAAUUCAGAGAAUGAAAGAAGUGCAUGCUUCUAUGAGUACAGAUGUUUGGGUGUUGGAAGCAGUCGACUGCAGAGGGUGCCAUGGGCUCGAGAACUUGUGGAUGACGAAGCAACUCAGUUUCUUGCCCAUAAUUUUAUAGAUCCCAAUCCACAGAAGUCAUGGUUGUUAAAUAAAAUUACGAUGAAAAUCCCUCUUUCCGCAUAAUUUACUGUGUUUGGGUUGGGGCAAGAGAUUGGGAAAAUGAAACUAGAAUAGAGCACUUUGGCACUUGGUACAUAUUUGAGGUCUUUUCUCAUGUAGUAUUUUGGUUUGUCAAAGUAAUUGUUAUAAUGUGUUCAGUGUCCCUGCUCUUUACUUUUGACUUGUGUUAAUGCACAAGUGCAGGAAAAAUAUCUGCUACCCUUUGUACAAGUGCAUAUACUGUUGUUAUGAUGAACUGGAUGAUUGCUUGAAAAGUGGAUCCAACUAGGAAAGUUGCAAAGAAUUGUUUUAAA